AUGCUCUUUAGUGGCAUCCUGGUGGCAGUAGCGCUUGGCGGUUACGUACAGCAGGGCAGCUGUGCACUGACACAACACGUUCCGGCAGCGUUAACGCCAUACGUCGUACCUGGAAGUUUGGGAGAAGGGGAACAUGGGGGUACUGUGAUUCUAGACACCGCCGCUGAAGGUAUAUCACGACUACCGUUUGUUGAAAUCGCUGGCGGUAGAGCUUUCCACUAUAAAGAUCCACAAGACUUUCAUGAAAACGAUCUUAAGCGCCGUCAAGAAUCGUUGCAAAAGGCACCAGGAUAUGAAACCGACGCUUGCGAAACAAUGCGCAACUUCUAA